UCCGGCGAUAAUUAGAAACACAGCUUUAAAGAUGGCGGCCUCCAUUAGAAACUAAUAAGUAUCGGAAAGAGUCGAGUUGUAUUUUAUAAAUAUGUAAUGUAAUUUUAUUAAUUUAAGCGUCUUAAUCAAUUUUACUUCGAUGAAUCGAAUUAUAGAAUGGUUCGUCAUAUUAAUUUUAGUUUGUUCGUUAGAACAUGCGAAAGUGAAAUUUGCACGUGCGGAAGUGGAAACAGAUGAAGCAAAUAAAGAAGUUGUAGACGAGCAAUAUAUAUACACACAUGAUACUAAAAGUGAAGAAGAAAAUGUUGACGUUAAUCAGAAUUCAGAAGGAGAAAAUGAUGUUUCGAGUGUCGACACAGAGAAUGCUCAGCUAGAAGUACAAGUUACAGCAGAGGGAAAUAGUAGAGUUAAUGGGACAAAUGGAGGAAAUAAUACAAGUAAAAUACGAUGUACAUUGAAAACACAACCAGAAGGAAUUGUACCAGAAGUCAAGAUAAUGAAUUUAUCUUCAUUAUUAACUGCAUUGACACCACUUCCUAAUAUCACAGAUGGAGAAUGUGCUGUAGUUCUUUUUUAUUCACCUUGGUGUAUAUUUUCUGCAAGGGCUGCACCUCAUUUUAAUGCUCUAGCUCGUGUUUUUCCGCAAAUUUCUUUUUAUGCUAUUGAUGCCGUUCAACAUACAAACUUGCAUAUGAGGUAUGGUUUAAUAGCAGUUCCAACGAUUCUUCUGUUUCAAAAUGGACGAGCAGUUGCAAAAUUUAAUGGGUCUCAUUCCAGUCUAGAAAAAUUUUCAAAUUUUGUAAGUGAAUUAACAGGAAUAUCUCCCGAAGGUGCAUUAAAUGUUACUUCCGCUGAUAUGACAGGCCCAGUUCCUGCAGCUUUACAAGAAAGAACUGAUUAUAUUUUAAUUCUGUCGUGGGUAUUUACAAUAGUAUGUUUAUGUAUAUGGUUCCUUAAAUCAUCACUUUGCCAUAGGAUUGUAGAAAGUAUAAAAAAUACAUGGCGAGAAGCAGAGGCACAACAUGAACAUGAAGAGUAAAUUACAUUUGUAAAAUGAUUUGAUAAAAUGUCUGAUGUUGAUAAUGUAAAGAAUAAAAAGGUUUGAAAAUUCACCACAGAGUGAAAGGAUUCAUUCUGUAGGAAUGAUAGCAUAUCAAUAAAAACUUUCAGUAUUAAAUUUCCAAAUGUAUUGCCAUCACAUGAAUAUAACUCUCACCACUAAUUCAAUCACAAUGAUUAGCUACUCUUAUGAUUUCUAUUUUAUUGUCUUCAUCUUGAUAAACUCACUGUUUGGAUACAAUGCAUACAAUUAUAAAUAAUACUCCUACAAGAAAUUUUUUCUCGAGAGAAUACAUGGUUAUCUUACUCCUUAAAUCAACUUAUUUUUUCCUCAAGACUUAAGUUAACUGUUCUAAAUAUUAAAAUUUCAUUAGAAAUAUUUUAUUUUAAGAAUUUUAAUAUUACAUAAAACAACCAAUAUGGAUGUUGUGUAGAUUUGUUUUUCUGGCUCUAAUUGUUUUACAUCCUUCACAAGUUUUGAACAACUGAGUUUAAGUUUCUUCUGUGGUCUUGAAUUUGAGAAGACUGUUAUUUAAAGUCUAUUACUGUUGACAACAAUCAUCAUUAAUGAUGAACAAGAGGUAUGGUAGCUAGUUUUGUCAUACUAGACAAAUCUAGUUAUCCUCUCCCUUGUUCAUUAUUAAAUGGAGCCAUUCGGUACCAUAUACUUACGGAUGAUGUAAAUUUUAUAUUUUUUAAGUCUGAUACUGAUUCUGAUAAAUGCUAUUUUCAAAAUU